AUGUAUAACCACGUCAAUCCUACAUGGACCCAGCUCAAUUCUUAUAGAAAAGAAACGAAACAUGACAAAGCCGAACGCAUCUAUCGUCGCGAACAACGUCGUCUGAGGAAAGAAACGGAACGUAUCUCUCGGGCCAACGGAUAUGCCGUCUCGCCUCCUCGUUCCACUCGGCCAGAUUCCACUUCACCUCCCCGUAAACGUCCUCCACCUGCACAACCGAAUGAUCCCACCAUCGAUGACGAACACGACCACAGAGGAGGGCAUCUGCAAGAGGAGAUAGAUCGUCGUGAGAUGGAAGAACGGAUGGCAUGGUUAGCAGGAGAAGAAAUGUCAAGGGCGAAUGGUAACCCUUUCGCAGACUAUGGGUAUCCCACCGAUGUGCAUGUACCUCGUCGAUAUAGGGAUGCUGCUGGUAUACCAUCUAGUUCGUCACGGGCGGAGCCAAUGUGGAGAGGUUGGGAUAGUGGAGCUGCGCCUCCAUUGAAAGACCUCACGGAGGAAGAAUAUGCUGAAUGGGUCAGAGAGGGCAUGUAUAGGAUGAAGAACAAAGCCGAGGUCGAGGAACGCGAAAGGCGUCAGCGUGAGAAACAAGAAAGGGAAGCCGAGCGAGAGAGGGCCAGAGAGCGCGCACUGAAAGAAGAAAGACGUCGAAUCAAACAGCUGGAAAAGCAGAAAGGAUUGAGGGUGGAAGAAGAACGCAAAAUGGAGAGAGAGAGGUAUUUGACGAGGUGGAAGAUGUUAGUGGACACGGGAGGAGAAGUCGAAGAAGCCGAAUUACGAUACUCGGAUAUCCCUUGGCCGGUAUAUGGCGCAAUCAAGACCAUGGUGAGGAGAUUAAGAAGACUUUAA